AUGGCGGAACUUGAAAAUCGUCAAUUGUGCAAACAAUUGGCAGAGGCGACAAAACGCAAUGAAGAAUUAGCCAGACAGGCAGCUGCCGCCCAGACACCUCCCCAGAGGCCUAGAGGACGCCCCUGUGGGAGCACGGCCACCAGGAGGGUAGAACAAGCAUCACAGCCGAAUAAGCCAAGGCCCCAAAGGAGUACACGGGUUGAGGCCACUGCCAACCCAACUGCAGAAUUAUCAACAGGAACGGGUAAUAACCGAGCCCCUCCAGUGGCUCGGAACCCGAAUUCGAAUACUGUAAGAAACAACCCGGAGCUUGUUCGGGCGAAUUCUGGGCCAUCUAUGCCCGACAAUUGGAGACAGCCACCGUCCCCCAUAAGGCAUCCUCCAUCACCAAUAAGACACCCCUCGCCAGUCCGAGAGGUCCCACGACCUGCACCACAGAGGCCGUCUCGUAGCGGCAGUCGAGAUGGAAACCGACUGGCCAAGCCUGGACAGGGGAACGAAAGGGAGGCUACUCGAGGUCGCAGAGUUCCUCAGCCUUCGGGAAGCCAAGUGUCAAGAUCACAAACUGCUGGAAUAAUGAGGUCAGUAGGGGACCCACCUCGUAAUCGUCAAGCUACACCUCCAGAGAGGGCUACAAGUUACGUAAGUGAAAGCUCGGACUACACUCGGUCCAUAAGCAUUUAUAACACUGAGCCAAGGCAUACAGGGAAUCGAGGGAAUCACCCUAAUCUGCGGGAUCAUCUAAACCACAACUGA